AUGCAAGAUGUUGUUACCCAACAUACUGAUGGUGGCUGUAAGAAGAAAAUAUUGGAGUUGAAGUUGCAAAUUAAAUCUCUCCAGACACAUCUCUCUAACUGUAAAAAGUCCAUUCUUAAAAACAAAAAGAAAGUUGUAAAUUUAAAGGGUCAGCUCGACCAAGGCAUCUCUUCAGAGAACAGUUCAUUAAAUCUCCAGACUAGAGUUGAUGGGUCCAACAAAUUCACUGCUGAUGUAAUCCGCUGUGUAAUGGAACUGAUUUGUGAAGCAGAAGUCCCUAGCAACAUUUCGGAUGAAGAACAUCCCUGUGAAAACCUUGACCAACAGAAUAGUCUAAGUAACCAAGACAAUCCACAAGAAACCAGUGACUGUGACGAUGAAGCAAUCUCGAAUCAUGACCAUGAUGAGGAUGAUGAACCUCUAGCUGCACUUGCUAAUAACAUUGGGUCCACUGCUGAACCGAAUGAUGCUGAAGAAAUGGGGCGAUUUCAGUUUUCCAACCAGGGAAUGAGAGUUGCUGUCUAUUAUGAUGAUGACUUUUAUGUUGGAGAAGUUACCAGAGUUAAUUUGGAAUCCAGUGCUCUUGUUCAUUUUAUGCAAAAGUGUGGUAUGAAAAAAGGUGUUUAUAGAUGGGCAACAGUAGAUGAUGAGGAUGUCAUUUCUGCAGAGUAUGUUAUACACUCAGGCUUCAACAUGUGUACAACUAAUGGCAGAGUGUGGUCUGUAGAGGAUUGUUUGUUGGAGGAAAUGCACAGUCAAUACAAGAGAUUAUUCUGUGUAUAGGAUUGAAUUUGUGCACUAAUUUGGACAUGCUACAUUACCAUCGCAAUGUAUUUAACAGCCUUAACUUUGCAGCUAAAAAAGUAUUAACAGUUUUGAUUUUGAAUCAUGCAGAUAUACAAGAGUUGUCUGUUUGAUUAUUUCUAAGUAAUACAUGACUUUUGUUUCAUCACCCAUGAACAAUAUUUCGGAUCGGAAUGCUCAUAACUUUUUAUGUGAUGGAGAAAAUCUGCUAAAAAUAGUAUAUUUAAAAGUGUGUAUACUUUAUACUUAUUAAUAUUCUUGUUAAAUGGGUUCAGCUACACUUGCUUUAUCACCAUUCCAAAUUUUAUUGUGA